AUGACCAACCCACACGUCGGCGCUGGCUCUGUCAACAGCGCUAUAUCAGGCGGCCCCUCAAUGACCGUCCAGAUGCAUACUCCAGUUCCGUUCCUCACUUCCAAAGUCGGUAAUUGGAAUCUAUACUCGCUAAAUUCGCCUGGUGUUUUUGAUCUUUCUAUGCUAGCUGCCAUGGGCGGUGAAAAUCCGACGAUUGCACGAUCCGAAACAGUUUCCACUUUUGACGAUAUCUUUGGACUAGAUUUGAUUAGUGGCCAUGAUAUGGUAGCUGUCGAUCCUAUCUUGGCAUGCGAUCAUCUUUCAUCGGCACUGGGGACGCACCCUUGA